AAUGGAGGCUAUGUUGUGUGUAAUGUGUAGUAGUAGUAAGAGGUGAGCACGAACAAACCAAAUCAUUAUUUAAUAGAAAGAGAUUACACUCUCUCACACACAAUUCCAAACCAACCUUACCACUCUCUCUCUCCCUCUCCCUCUCCCUCUCCGAUGGCCGGAAUUCGCCUGCAGCCAGAGGACUCCGACGUCUCCCAACAAUCGCGAGCGGUCGCUCUCUCCGCCUCCGAUCUGGUCUCCGACGAUGACCGCUCCAUCGCGGCCGACUCCUGGUCCAUCAAGAGCGAAUACGGCAGCACUCUCGACGACGACCAGCGCCAUGCCGACGCCGCCGAAGCUCUCUCCAACGCCAACCUCCGAGCCCCCUCCGAUUACAGUUCUGACAAGGACGAACCUGAUUCUGAAGCAGUUACAUCAAUGCUGGGAUUUCAGAGUUAUUGGGAUGCUACAUAUACAGAUGAGCUUACAAAUUUUCGUGAACACGGUCAUGCUGGUGAAGUUUGGUUUGGAGUUGAUGUGAUGGAAGUAGUUGCAUCUUGGACCAAAGCCUUGUGCAUUGACAUUUCUCAAGGUCGCAUACCAAAUCAUGUUGAUGAUGUUAAAACUGAAGGUGGUGAACUAGGUGACAAACUUUUGUCUAGUUGGAGUGUACUAGACAUUGGGACUGGCAAUGGUUUGCUUCUCCAAGAAUUAGCUAAACAAGGGUUUUCUGCUUUAACUGGUACUGAUUACAGUGAAAGAGCCAUUAGCCUUGCCCAAAGCCUUGCUAAUCGUGAUGGAUUUUCCAACAUCAAGUUUUUGGUUGAUGAUGUCCUUGAGACAAAGUUGGAACAAGAGUUUCAACUUGUCAUGGAUAAAGGGACGCUAGAUGCUAUUGGAUUGCAUCCUGAUGGUCCUGUGAAGAGAAUGAUGUAUUGGGAUUCUGUUUCGAGGCUGGUUGCUCCUGGUGGAAUACUAGUGAUCACGUCAUGUAACAGCACAAAGGAUGAAUUGGUACAAGAAGUGGAAAGUUUCAACCAAAGAAAAAUUGCUACUGCCCAGGAACUCGAUGAAGCUAAGGAUGAAGAAUCGAUGCAGCCCCUAUUUCGUUAUGUAAGUCAUGUCCGCACGUAUCCGUCAUUCAUGUUUGGUGGAUCCGUUGGCUCGCGUGUUGCCACCGUGGCAUUCCUUAGGAAAUGAAAACACCUUUUAUUUUCUCUCUCUUGAUUUUAGGUCAUUGGUCAACUGGGUUUGAUGUUGUGCGUGCGUGCGUAUAGGUAGAUGCAUGUUCCUACUUAUAUUCGUGUCGAACCGUAAAUAUUUUAUAAGAUUUAUGUGGAGUGAAGUUUCCUCCUUUCUUUUGGAUGAAUAGUGUAAUCAUUUGUAGUUUAGGGAGAAAUACAGCUAGCAGUUCAGCGUGCCGAAGAGCUUUAUUUUUUGUGACUCUUAUUACAAUAGAGUUUAUGAACAAGAUGGAAUUUUAUCCUUUUACCAUGUUAGACCAUACUUUCGCUUUCCUAGCAGGACUUAUCUAACAAGGAUUCCUAUUU